AUGAACAAUGUACUCAGCAGUUUCUCACCUUUUCAAAACUAAAAUUCUAAAAUCCAUACUGAGAAUAUCGAAUUUAAGAUGAGGCUACUGCAUUUUGAACCUUUAAAUAUAAAUACUUAACCAAUUAAGCAAACAAGAUUAAAAAUAGAAAGAAAACUAUCUCCUAUUUUAAAUUAGAAUUAUCCUGCUCUAUUCUUAAAUAGAAUUCAAGUCUAAGAUAUACCAUUAAAAAAAGCAAAGCUUUCCUCAAGCAUAGAUUAUAGAGCUAUGCCAUAAUUAUAUGUUAAUGAAUAUUCAUAAUUUCUCUAACCAACCACACUUGUUAUACCUUCCACUCAAAGAAACAAUAAAAAACACUUUAGUUAAUCAAGACCUUAAAAAUGCAAAGAUAACUCAUUCGUUGAAUCUGAAAAAAAGGCUCAAUUUAAAGUUCGCUUUUAAUUACCAAAAAUAGAAAAGUGCAUCAAAAUAGAUGAAUCAAGAAGCUCUCUUAAUCGUUGGACUAUGAAUAGCUCAACUAGUUUUUUAUAAGCCCAUAAAUGA